AAAGAGCCGGCUCAAAGAACCGGCUCUUUCGCGACGACACAUCACUAGAUUCAACACGGAUGACAACAGCAAUGGCGGACUCACAUACACCUUUGGGAGCCGCUUCAACAUUUUCUUGUCUCUCAGACUUUGAAGCUCAUCUGAAGUCAUACCAGAAAAACACCAAUAUCAAAUUUGUUGUUUCAAAAAGCCACAAAUCGUUUGGAAAACACGAAGUGAGUUUAACAGGUACAGGUGUCCACUGGCAGCUGAAGACGGUCCCGUUUGAUGGCACGCCCUUUGCUGUGCUCGGCACUAAAACGUACGUGUGUCACCAGGGUCGAGAUAAACAUGCUGCAGAGAAGAGGAAGAGACAAGAGAAGAUGGCAAAGACUGUCAAAGAAGAAGAUGUGUUUGUGGAGACCAUGCGGAAAUCCAAAAAAGCAGGUUGUCCUGCAGCCAUAUAUGCAGUGCAUAUAUGCAGAUUUCCUGAUUAUAAGAUAAGCGAGGACACCCCAUAUCAGAGGCGAGAACAAUCAACAGCUGUGAGAAAAGCGCUAAAAGAAAACCCGUCACCUGUGGUAACAGAGCAGAUGUUCACUGCUUAUUUCCCACAUGUGACAGUGCAUAAAAACCACCCCAUUGUUGGAAAGGCAGCAGGGUCAAGGGAGGUGCUCCAAGGCUCCGAAUCCUCUUCCCCUACUCGGAGAAGGCUCUAUCCUCUAGAUAAAGACAUCCGCAACAUCAUGCAAAAAGUAAAUACGGGGUCAAUGAAGAGCAGUGCAGACCAGCUGAAUUUACAGGACCUGGUGGAGACGUGGAAGGAAGAGGGAUGUGCUAUCGAGUACAGACCUUCUCAGGAGACGGACGAUGGCGCCGUUGAGAAGUUGCUCCUCUGUUUGCAGACCCAAUGGCAGAGGAGGCUUUUGGUGUUGUAUGGGCAACAAUUGUGCUUGCUCGAUGCAACGUACCGUACGAGCAGGUAUUCAGUACCCGUCUUCUUCCUCUGUGUGAGGACUAAUGUAAACUACAUUGUGGUUGGAGUCUUCGUCACACAGUCUGAGAAGAAGGAGGACAUCAGAGAGGCGUUGGAGGUGUUCAAAAAGUGGAAUGCAGACUGGAAGCCGUCCCACUUCAUGGUCAAUUUCUGUAACACAGAAAUUGGGGCUCUGGAAGAAGUAUUCAAGGAUUCCAAUGUGAUCCUCUGCGAUUUUCACCGGGAGAAAGCGUGGAUAGAAUGGACCAGAAAAAAGGGACACGGAGUGACGUGUAAAGAGGAAGUUUUGAAAAUGCUUGGGGCCAUCGCAGACUCUGGGACGGCUGAAGAAUUUGAUAGCAGCACCCGCCUCCUCAAACAACACUCUGCCUGGCAGACAAACGAGAGUCUGAGAAGAUGGUUCUCCACUAAAUGGCUUUCCCAAGCAGAGAGAUGGGUUAUGGCAUUCAAGAAGGAAGACCUGAGGGUGGCUGCCUACGCAAACAAUGGAGUCGAGAGACAAAAUGAAACACUCAGACACUCGUACCUGAAGGGCUACAAGGACCGCAGUCUCAGUGACACCACCACUGUUAUUGUGAAGGAUAUCUUGCCAAGAUCUUAUCAAAGAUACAUUGAGUUGAACGUCCGUGGCCACCGGGUAAACAGCCAAUAUCUGCCACGGUUCCUCAGAGACAAACCAAUAAUGGUGGCUGAGCACAUCAUGUCGAGACACCAGGAGUCCCUGAUGUUCACACUGGACCAUGUAGCGUCUGCAGGGGAGGCCAGCUUCAAAGUCAACAUUCAGAGAGACACAACAGUACCACAGUGCAGCGUGUUCUUUGGAUCGGAAAGUCAGAUGCCAUCAUGUACAUGUAAAGACUGGCAGGAAAACCUGCUCCCAUGCACGCACUUUUGUGCAGUGUUCAACCUGGUACCUGACUGGAGCUGGGACAGACUGUGCCUCGCAUACAGGGAGAAUCCUCUGUUUGUGAUCGAUGAGGUGUGCCUGAAGCACUCUGCUGACGGCUCAGGUACGUCCGCACCAUCAUCUACAGCGACCAAUCCCUCCGCCUCCGAGCAACAAACCCAUGCAGAAUCAUCAUCCAGCUCCACAUGCGCACGGAAGCGCCAGAAGUGUGAUAGUCUGUUAAAAGACCUUGCAGACAAGGUCUCCCACCUCCAAGACGAAAGCUACAUGGACAGGGUAAUAGAGAAACUAGAGGACCUUCUGGAAGACGUCAUACACCAUACUCCGCAUGAUGGCCCCCUCGCUCUAUUGUCUACAUCCGCAGUUAAGAGGAGGCGCUCGGAGGCUGCUGAGCCCCUCAGGCUUCUGAAAAAGCACAUGCGGUAACUGCAAUUCUCUGGCAGAGUUGGCCACGCAUAUCUGUAAGACUGUGUAUCACUACAUGGACAGGAUCUAAUGUUAAUAUGUUGUCAGUGGUGACAGAGGAAGUUUUCAGAUCCUUUACUCAUGUUAUUUUUUUGCAUUGCAAUUGUUGUUAUUGCAUUAAAAUGUUCCCUGUCGGUUUGGAUUAAUAUUACUGGUGCAUUUAUGUAUAUGUUGCUUUUUACUGCUGUAGAAGUUUAAGGUUGUGCUGAUUUGAUCUCCUUUAUGUACUGUUUAAUCUACAGCAAUGCAUCAUAUUCUAUAACAUCGUCAUUUGUUUGUGAGAACCAUGUAUCUCUAAAAACUUUCCCUGAGUUCAGAAAAACAGCCGUAAUCAGCUUUGUGACGUUGUAUUUUCCAGCUGAUCCAAGAGGGUUUUUAAAUAGUUUUAUUGAGCUUAAGAAGAAUGAGAAUUUUCUCAACACAUAAAGGAAAUUCAAAAAUCAACACAUCUGGACAUUCAUUGUUUUCACUGGAUGGGAAGAGGAUGAAAAUCUGUAAGAUAAUUUACAUUUACUUUUUUUGUGUUCUUGUUUCCUUGGUUUCAUUGCAAGGAUCAUUGAUGUUCUUAUUCUGUACAAAACUUUAAGUUUGUUUUAAUGUUAAAAGCUCCUACCAGGACUGAUUUAUAAUCUGUUAAACUACUAACUAGUGUCGAUCGUGAUCAUCAACAUGAUGUCAAAACAAUCAGCUGAUGCUACAUCCCCAGGUCGAGAUGGAGGCCACCAGUGGACUUCUGGUUUUCCUUUUGUUUCCAGCAGUUGUAUCAUAAUUGAUUUGACAAUGAUAUAAAAUGCUGCAUAUAAUCAUUAAUGUAACCUAUUUCAAACAAGUUUCCACAGUAAAGAAACCACUUUUGAUACAUA